CACUCUACUAAUUAAAUUCCUUUGAGGCUGAGCUGUUUUGAGCACAACGCUUAACUCAAGCAAGUGCAACCACAGUAAUCAAGGGCAAAAGCAUAAUGAUGGACCUUUUUGAAACAAGCCCUUAUUUCUUUUAUUUGGAGGGGGAUAAUGGAGCAUUUCAACAACUGGAAAUGACAGAUGGAUCCCCCUUAUAUCCAGGUAGUGAAGGCACAUUAUCCCCGUGUCAGGAUCAGCUGCCGGCAGACGCUGGGAGCGACAGCAGUGGGGAAGAACAUGUUUUGGCCCCACCUGGUCUGCAGCCUCACUGCCCAGGACAGUGUUUGAUCUGGGCAUGUAAGACGUGCAAACGGAAGUCAGCUCCAACAGACAGGAGGAAAGCAGCCACUCUCAGGGAAAGAAGGAGAUUAAAGAAAAUCAAUGAAGCAUUUGAGGCCCUUAAAAGAAGGACUGUUGCAAACCCAAACCAAAGACUCCCUAAGGUUGAAAUAUUACGCAGUGCAAUUAGUUACAUUGAAAGGCUCCAGGACCUCCUUCACAGCCUGGAUCAGCAGGACAAACCCCAGAAACCAGAUGAUGACCCAUUGGCAUACAACUCCAAGGAAACAACUAGAGAAGACUUCUUAGGCAGUUGUCACUCAAACUGGCAGAAUAUUCCCGACCAUUCCCCGCUAUCAGAGCUGAAUCUUAAAGAAGAAGGAUCUGCUCAUGAAUCCACAGGCUCCAGCAGUCUCCAAUGUCUGUCUUCCAUAGUGGACAGCAUUUCUACAGACGACCACAAACCGCAAUGCCAGGAGAUAGCAGACAACAGUAACCCUGUGUAACGCUUCACCCAACCCACGGUCUUCCAUAAAGAAGAUGUAAAAUGUUGGAGCUAUCUUAUGGUCAAAUGCCAAUGGUACAAAUAAUGUAUAAUCAUGUAAAGUCUGUUUUAAUGGUCAUGUUUGCCAUUUGUUAUUUUUUUAACUUCAUCAUUUCCCGUAACAUUCAACACAAUUGCAUUCCUCUAUAUGCAACAUGUAAAUAAGUCCAAACUUCCCCAAUUUUUUGUAAAUAUUGUCUGUUUGUUAUCAUGGCUAUAGAAGAGAUUGAUUUAAUAUAUGGAAUAUUUAACAGUGUACAUAACAUUAUAUUAUAACUAUGUUGUUCUUAAAUAGGCCUCCAAAUAAAGUGCCAAAAUGAUUUAGUAUA